AUGGCUUAUAUCGGGUUGAUUCGAUCUAGCUCCUUGAUCAAAGAACUGAGAUUUUCACCCCAAUACCCAGCGUCUACACCACUGAUUAUACUGAAGGCAUGGUCGAAAGCCCUCCAGCGCCAAGUCCGCCCUCGCGUCGCGGACUCUCAAGCUCUGGACUUUGAAGACGAUUUCUUCGACCUCGACAUAGUCAAUUUUAGCAUCGCCAAUUUCACCAACGCCGAACUAGCAAUAAAGGAAACGUAUCGUACGCUCAAGCCUGAUAGAACAGCUAUAGUCUCGAACUGGGAGACCUUCGGAUUCGCCACCGUUCUUGACGCCGCGAUGAGAAAGGUUAGACCUAAUGCUGGGCAGAUGCCUGUGGCGGGUCCCGAAUUUAUGCGGAAAGGCGCGCUCGUGCGGACGCUUGCUAGUGCUGGUUUCGAGAAAGACAAGAUACAGGUCUACCAGACUAAGAUUGUGGUGAGUGAUGAUGAGGGGUUGGCAGGGAUUAGUGACUUCAUGAACGGGCUAUAUCUCGGAGUCGUGGCUUUGACUUUGUCAGACGACGAGAAGAGAGAAUCGCCCGGUGCGGUAGCUAAGACGAUAGAGGAGGCAAAGGUCGUCGGUGGUGAAGUACUUUGUCAGGCUUGGGUCCCUGCUGCAUUCAAGUAG